CGGACGAAUUGGCGAGUUCUGCGUUUUCUGUUUGAUUCUGGUGUUUUUCCGCUUGUGUGAUGGGGGCAUCGUUUUAAUUGCGUGACAGUUAUGAUUUCUGGAAAUAUACUAUAUGCAAGUGUGCAAAAAUAUACUUAAAUAUGCUAAUGGAUAAUACUGGAAUAUCAUCAAUUUUCGGAUACCUCCAGCAGCAGGAGAGGUAUUUUUUUGAAUUGCAAAGAGCUGGAGAAGACUGCAUAUAAAAAUCAGUCGUACGCAGAAUGUAGCUCUCGAUGGACGGUAUUCGUCAACAAGUCGAGGCGUCAUUAUCUCGUACGCGCGACAUAAUUAUGGAAGACCGCUACCGGCGUCUCCAUUAUGAGACCGGUACUCCCCAGUACUGGGCGCAGACACCCCCAAAAGCCGUAGCACUGGCACGCUUCAAGCGGCAUCUCCCUGCCAUCCCGAAGAAGAAAAACAAGGAAUCUAGCAAGAAACCUGACCACAUGGAUAUUCCAGCGUAUGCUAAGCAUUAUAAGGAUAAAUAUGGAUCAGUAUCUGCACAUUCGACAAGUGCAAUCUACGGUGCUCUGAGGGCUCCUCAUUACCAUGCUAUCUAUGGCCCUUCGGAUACGUGGUACGCUUCUGUGAGAAGUCUCAAUAGAGGAUGCCACCGAGAUGUGCACCCUGUUGAAGCAUAUGAAUGGAGAGAAACAUUGUAUGAGGAUGUUACCAAAGAAGUGUUCACUGUCCCUCCUCCAGUGGAGAUGUUGCCUCGACCUCCUUGCUUGUGCAUGGUGCGACGGCGGCCAACUCAUGAUGGAUCUCAUAUUAAACCUUCAAGACAUCAGCCUCGAUGCAAGUACUGCACUAGUGCCUUUACAGCCAAUGGAUCUGCCAAUGGUGGUCCGUUAGCGUCAAAACGCCCGCCCAUCAAUUCUGAGAAAGUGAAACCCACAGGCAUUCCGGAUGAGAACAUUGAAGUGAAGCCCGAAUCGACCAGUAGAAUGUCUGGCUAUAAAAAAUGUAUAGCAGGAACUUCUAAGUUCAAGAAUUCUGUAUUCAACAAAAAUAUAUCCAAUAGUGAUUCCGGUAAGAUCUCUAGAAAAUCCAUACUGGAAUGUGAUGUGACAGCAUAUGAUCUGAUAAAGAAAGUUACCGCGAUUCCAUCUGUUACUGAAAUAGAUGAUAGUGAUAUAGAUGACAACCUUAGUGAUAACGCAAUUGCUAAAAUGAACCACGUCAGAUGGCUUAAACUUCAGAAAAAAUCGAAGUUCUCUUCUUCAUCCAGUGGAUCGUCCAGACUGAUUGCGAACAAAAAACACUCCUCUAAAUUUAAGAAGUCUCAAAGCGAAAACUGCAUAUACAGCGAAUCACAUAGCGUUUUGGUUGGCGGACAAAGAAUUUUCACUGAAAACAAUAGAUCUAAAUCCCCAGAUUUAACUAUUACUUGUGAUUCCUCAAAUGAUAUAGAGGAUGAUAACGUCGAAUUUGAGGGAGCCCGAUGGCGAAAGAUGUCAGUUUCGGAGGAAUCGGUCUGUAUACCAGAUCCCGAUUACGACUUCAGUGAUGACAGUGAUGAUGCUACUGUAAUUAACCAUAAACAGAGAGAUCCUAGGUUUACAUACUCACCACCUCCUACACGGAAGUCUUCUGAUGAAUCAUAUAACGGCCUAGGAUAUAAUUCUCGAGAAAUAUCAAAGUCAAUGUCCUCUUUGCUUUCAGAUGACACCUACAUUCCCAGUAUUAAUGUAAAUAAUUCUAAUAAACAUUCUUUACCGCCUUUAAGUAUGUCAGAUCUCACAGACUGUGAUAACGAUAGGGAUUUUAUGCAAAGCCUAGAGGACAUAGAAAGAUAUAAUUCAUAUAAAGAAUGUUCUCCCGAGUCUGAAAAUGACAUCUCCUCUAAUCCGGAGCUCACUUUGAAGCAGGACUCUAAGUACGAAUCUUCAAGUGACUGUAGCAGUAGCGGAGGUACAUUGUCUUCAGAUUAUCCUACGUGGACUUCUUCUUCAUCAAAUGAGUUAAAAUCUAUUCUAAAAAAGAAAAAAAGGCGUGACAAUGCAAUUCAAGAACUCGAGGAUGCUACCAGAGUCUUUCGAAAUACAACCGAAUUGAAAGAAGCGCAGAGGAAGAAACAAGUUCAGUUUCAAUCUGGUUGCGAGGAAACAAAGUUUGGUGACGAUAGCUCGAAAGACGACGUAGUUCUUGAAUCGAACAGCCAUUACGAACACGAAAAGGAAACUGAUGUAAACGAUCAAGAUAUUGAAAAUACUGCUGUGAUAAACUGCGAUACUUACGAAACUUUGGAUGAUGCCGCUGCAGAAGAUUCCAGUGAGGAUGUUUCUAGAGAAAAUUAUUUAACUUCAAAUGAAAGUGGUACUGAUCGUCAUUCACAUUUCGACGUCAGGCAAGACGCAUCUUCUCCAACAUGCAGUGAUUGCAAAGAAAGUGACUACAAACGGAACAGUAUUAAAAACUCUUUUAAUGCCAGCCAGUCUUCACAAGCCUUUUCUCUCGAUUUAAGACCUAGUCCACCUCCUAGUUUACCACCUAAACUUCCUCCUGCAAGGUCUUCCUCUUUGGAAGAUGUCAGAAAAAGGACUGAAAAGGGUAGCGUUUCUCUUAUGGAGGACAAGGACAAAGGUCACCGCCGAAGACGAAGGGCUACCCUGCCGAAGCGGAGGUUUUCCGAUCUGCAUCUUCAUAUCCUGUUAUGUCCCACCAGGUCAUCUCUUUGUGGCGAUGGAAGUAGCAGGGAUGAUGUACCGCUUACGGCAUCCGCUCGGAGAGCUCAUAGGUCACUCCCAGAGUCCCCCAGCGAACUGGACGAAGUGCCGUCAUUUUGUUUCGAUUUUCUGGAGAAAGGUUCGAAAGAAAAGGUUCUCUCUUCAUCGAGAUCCGUAUUCUAUGUGCCUGUACAGAAUUCCCGUCAGACAAAAUGUUCCGAAAAUCUUGAUCAUUCAUCUAAUCAGGAAGAAGUCGGUAACAGUCAAAUGACGGUGAUGACAUCUCCGGUGUCGCCAUCUGGCGAUGAUAAUAGUAACCAUGUGGCAGCCAAAUUUGAACAAGCUGAUGUCUGUGAUCCUGAAGAAAAUCUCUCUCCUGAGCAAUAUGAUACCGAUGAGGACGUUUUGGAGAAUGAUUACGACAAUCUGGAUCCCAUUUAUGAAGAGCUUUCGGAUGUCACCAGUGCAGCGAAAAGAUUGACGUCGCUAGAAUCGAACCAGAAGUCAUUUUUCGAGGGAGCGUCCAAAAUUGACAUCUUGAGCUACCUGGAGGAUGCUAAAGAGCGUGGUAUUUCAGAAGGACUUUCCGAAGACGAGAAGGUAAUUAUCGAAGAGGAAGACGAAGAUGAGAAAGUUCUUAGCGGAGAGGAGGAAGAUAUUGGAGAAAAGAACCGAGUUAUUACAAAUAACACAUUGAACCACAAAGAAGCAUUAAUUAAAAUAGAAGAAGAUGUAGAAAAAGAAGACCAAGUAGAAACCGAGAACACAGCUGCUGAUAUCUCUAAGAGUUCUCGCAUCUCCGAAGUGGAAAGGAAUGACAGCGGGGUUGGAACUGAAACCAGUAAACCCCCUCGCAUGAAGCUUCUGCCUGCUGACUGGGAAGAGCAGCUUUGUGCCGAUUGUGAUCACCAGGUGGAGCCAGUAGAGGAUGAAGAUUCUGGGCUGCUGUUCAGCCCUCUCGUUUGUCGGAAAUGCGAGUUCCGCCGCUGUGAGAGGAAGGAGAUAAUUAUUGAGUUUGUGGACACCGAACUCAAAUAUGGCAGAGAUUUGCGAAUUAUUAAAGAAGAAUUUUAUAGACCUAUGGAAAUAGCCGGUCUUUUAGCGAAGGAUCAACUACUUAGCAUAUUUCUGAACUUAGAUGAACUGAUUUCAGCUAAUACAAAGUUUUCAGAAAAACUUCAGGAUGCCCUUGAUAUUGCCACGGAACAUGGAGACGAAGAUUAUACUACAGUGAAUUUAGGAAAAAUUUUCUUGGAGACGUCCUCCAUGUUACAUGCUUUCGAAACCUAUUGCGUGAAGCAGGCUUCCGCAUCAGUUCUUCUUAGUUCCCUGGAAAAAGAAAAGGAAUUACUAAGAAUUUUCUUACGGGUUUCACAGAUGGAGAACACUUUGUUACGCAGGAUGAAUUUGCCUGCAUUUCUAAUGGUCCCUGUACAAAGGGUCACGAGGUAUCCGUUGCUUCUCAGCCGUUUGCACAAGGUUACGCCUAUUCAUCAUAAAGACAGAAGUGCACUCAAAGAAGCUCAACAGAAGGUCGAACUGCACCUAGAGCACAUAAAUCAACAAACAAAAGGAGUUGGUGGAACAAAAAUCUGGCGAAGAAUUUCAAACAUUUCUGCUUCUCAUCGGAGACUAGGAAAAGAUAUUGGAAGCAUCAAAUUGAGAAAGAUGGCAUUGGAGGUCCUAAAUUGGAAACAAGACGAAACACGGUUUGUUAUGGCUGGUAAAUUACUCUUCACGCAAAUCACAGAUUAUCCUUGGAAUAAAAAGGGUAAGACUGUGAAAUUUACCCCACUCCACGCACUUCUAAUAGCGCUGGGAAAACCAAAUUCCAACUAUAGACCAGAGAGUUCGUCAACGGAGAACGCUGUUUUGUUUCCAAGAAAUACGGGGAUUAGAGAUGCCAGUCUUGUACUUAUGAAAGAAAAGAAUGGACGUUUCAUUGUUGUUAGAGAACCUUUGUACCUAGGAAAUUGUGUAAUAAGUUGUGACUCUGAAACAGAUGAUGUAUUUGAAAUUCAAGAGUACACGACAAAGGAAGCCUAUUUAUUAAAAGGAGAAACAAGGAAAGAAACAAAGGAAUGGCUACGUCAGUUAAGGUACCAUGCCAAAGAUCUUGGCACAUGGAGAAAAAGAAGGAAUGCUUUAGCUAACAUCAUGAUUAAUGGAAUGAUAAGGCAGUGAACUGCAUAGCCUUGAAUCUCUAAUACUAAAACGACUUCAAUUUGUAUUUUAUGAAAACUUUUAAUGCAGUGUAGAAAUCGUAAAACCUCAUCAAGAAUUUCAUCUGAGGAUUUCACGAACAAUGUGAAAAAUCAAGAUGCCUUCAAGAGAGGCAUGAACAAAAAUACUGAAAACUUGAGACUGAAAGCAACAUCAGUUUCUCUUUGUAUUUAAUUGUUCCUGUUCAUACACAGUUGUUCUUAAGUCUCAUUAUAAGUCCUUCCUAUCUGUGAUGUUAACAUUCCAUAAUUUUAGAACAGCAAGGCUUGAUCUUUGAUAGAAGUUAGUGAUGAAACUCUACGGUCUUGGAUCUAGUCUUUUCUUUUUUUGUAAAUGUUUUAAUAUAGUGUUUUUUUUUUUUUUUUUUUUUUUUUUUUUUUUUUUUGGAUGAAACCUUUAUUGGUUAUGAGUUUAUAAUAUUAAUGUUUUAAAUUUGGAAACAAACUUUAUAUAUAAAGCUUGAAUAUUCAGAUAAUGUCAUGCAUUUCAAUGUGAAUAAACUAUCAUUGUAUGUUGUAUGCAUUUACUAAUUUAUACUUUCAUGCAUAACUAAAUUACCAAGUAAUUGCAAAGAUUAAAUUUAUGCAGAAAAAUUUCAAAUUUACUAAGUAGCAAGCUGAAAUUCUUUGAAUAAAAGAAGUGUAAAUGUAACAUUUAUAUAUUUUUAAAUUUCUCAUACAAACAUUUAUAUAUUUUUAAAUUUCUCAUACAAACUUCCUGCCCACCACAAAUGUACUACAGGGGUAUCUACAUAAUUAAUCUCUUUAUCUAAUUGUAUCUAUUUGCCUGUAGAGAAAUAGAUCCACUGAGAAUGCAUAAAUCUGAUUUAUUGUAUUAACUCGUGCUCUUAUCCAUAAGGCUUUUACGUGACCUUAUGGAAGGUAAGGCACAUUUUUAAACAGUUUCACCUUCAGUAUAUUUUCUGAAACUUGCAGUAAACUGCAAUAUUUCGAAGAAAAUACAUAGUAUGAAGUAGCAUGAAAAGGUGUAUUGAUUUCGCUUGCAAAUAAAUAAAAAAAGGAAUAUUUUUACUUCGAGUAGCACUUGCAUAAUUUAGUUAUCAAGCAUUGCGAUGAAUAUAUACAUGCAAUAAAAACACUUAUUUGAGGUAUUAUAAACCCUAUCCAUAGAAGUUCUUACCUGGGCAUUAUUUUUCCAACCACUGGGAAUAGAUAUAUACUUCCAAUUACAAAAAUAUUUUAAAUGAUGCAAAGAUCAUGUUUUGUAGUUUUACAUUUAAAUAUUUUAUAAAUCAUGAAAUCUAACUUUUUGCAAUUUUCUCCAGUCCUUGUAUUUAUCUUCAGGAAAAUAUUGCUAUAAAAAAUACAAAAAAUUCGACUCUUUAGAUAAAAAAUUACCAAAUUUCAAAAUUUACAUUGAGGGGUCCAUUAAUAAAUAAAUUAGAAUAAUAUGAGGCGGUGUUUCCCCCCCUUAAGCACCAUACGGUAAUAUUCUUGUGUGAUUUACUAGUAUCUUAUUUAUAACAUCCAUUAUGUUGAAAGAAUUUUUACACUAAUUUAUAAGCUUUCAAAGUCCAUUAAUAUUUUCAUGAAGUUUUAUUAUUUUGGAAUAAAUUUGUUAAACAUAAAAAAUCCAUUAAAGUAUAUAUAUUAAAUUUUAGCUGUGCACAUAUGACUUGAGACAUCACUGAAGCCUGCCAGUGUUUUAUAACAUAUAAAUUCUAUAAGAUUUUGUAAAUAAUAUCUCCAAUUAAAAAAAAAUAUAUAUUCCAAUAUUCUGCAUAGAAAAGCCCAUCAGAUGAUCAGAAAACUUUCUAAAUGAUAUUUAAAGUUUAUGUAUGUAUAAAUUAUAACAUUUUGCUGUUCAAUUGUGUAUGACCCUUAAAAAUGAUUACCAAAUUUAACACCCAAAUAUCUUUUGUUAAACGAGAAUGGAACUUUUUGUGUUUUAAUUAAGUACUACAAAAUUUUCCUGAAUAUGAGUAAGGGAUGGAUGAAUGUGAUGCCCAUUGUUUCUCACUUUAAUAAAGGAAAAAACAGGAUUAUAGAAAAAUUUGGCAGCCUCUAGGCCCAGAGUUUAUAAGCUUCAGCAGUACGAAAGCCCUAACUCUAGGCUUGCAAAAGGUUCAGCUGUUACCUACAGUACUACCAAAGGGUUGUCUGACGAACGUAGAUGGUACGAACAGGGGAACUAGCUGAUCCAUUUGGCCAGAAAUUUGUUGAAUGGAAACAUGCAGAACCCAAAAGCAGUUCAAGUAGACAAUUUCUAAAUCUUGAGACCUACAGAAUGUAUAAAAUUCUUAAUAAUAACUGUAUCAUUGAUUCCACAUUUGCACUUUUCAGUGGCAGGGAUGCAGUCUGAAUCGACUAAUUUCUUCAAGGCCUAUCUUAUCUUCUGAUCAUACAGAGGCUCAGGAUUAACACUAUGCUUUCUGCUGCCAGAUGCCUCCAAAAUUUUUUGCCGUUCGGUGUGGCUGCACCUCUUAUACUUAUUAUAAAGUUGUUCUUGUUACUAGGAAAAAUGACAAUUCUCUUGUCAUGUCUUGUAAAAUCACGUAGGUAAAUAGCUUUUAAAACACGUUUGACAGUACCUGCAUUCUUCUUCUCCACUCGUGCUGCUUAUUCCAAAUCUUAAAAGGAAUUUCAGUACACAGUACAUUUAACUAUCAUUUCUAGAAACACAAUACUUAAAAAGUCAAUUUCAAAUAUGGCCUGCAUCCACACUCCCUACAAGCAUUUGCUUUUAUGACAGAACUAACUUUUUGUGAGAUUCCUAAUACUGGAACGCAGAACAAUUAAAAUAAUUUGAGAGUUUGGAAAGGACAGAUAGGACAGAUUAGUUGGAUGCAUGAGUUUUUUUUAUGUAUGUCUGUGAUUAAGGGGUAUUGUAAAUAUUUAUUACUUAUUAAUCUUUCUAAGAAAUUUUAUACUUAACUUUCAAAAACAAUUUCCUUUUGCUAGUAUUUGAAUAUCCAGUAUAUAUAUAUAUAUUUGCAGUGAAAAAGUAAUUUAUAAUUGGUCUUGUUUACCAAGAAGCUGAUUUGAGAAAUUUUCUAAUAGUCUAUGUG